ACAACACUAAUUGAGAUUUUAGGGGCAACUUGCGUUAUUGUGUUUGAGUAAGAUUAUUUAUCUCUUUGAUACCGUGUUGUGUUGUGAUGGCAUCUAAACACCAGAACAACAUGUCUUCUUGGGAAGUUCUGCUUAUGAUCCUGCUUGUAGCUGUUGGGGAAUGCAAAGGUGAUGGGGAAGGGGAAUCAACAGAACAGGCAGAUGGCACGUCGCAUGUACAAACUGAAAAUUUGGAGCGCAGACUUAAUAUCUUUCACUGUAAGAUGCCACCCUUCUAUUGUGAUGAUGGUUCAUGUAUCUCAAAGGAUUAUAUGUGCAAUGGCCAUAAUGAUUGCGCAGAGGGAUCGGAUGAAAGUGAGGAUUUCUGUAGCUCGUGUCAGUACAACGUAUUUAAAUGCAAAACCAAAAACAAAUGUGUCAAAUACUGGCUGACAUGUGAUGGUGAUGACCACUGUGGGGACAGUUCAGAUGAAGCCAAUUGUGAUUCAUGUAGCGGACCCAGUUUCCAUUGUGCAAACCGAGCCUGUGUUAACAGUAAUAAAAAAUGUGAUGGUAAUGAUGAUUGUGGCGACAGAUCUGAUGAAAGUAAUUGUGAAUCGUGUACAAUCGGCUGCUUUAAGUGCCUAGAAAAAACAUGUUUUAGGAACGAACACAAAUGUAAUGGAAUCGAUGACUGUAAAGACAGAUCGGAUGAAGUAAACUGUGACGUUUGUCACAAGGACAGUUUCAAAUGUGAAAACAAGAGAUGCAUCGUCAAUGAUAAAAGAUGUAAUGGAAUACCUGAUUGUGAGGACGGUUCGGAUGAAAGGAACUGUCCCUCUUGCAAGGGUACCAGUUUCCAUUGUCAAAACAAAAACUGUACCCAAGUUAAACUAAGAUGUGACGGUAACAAUGACUGUGGAGACAAAUCGGAUGAAAAUGAUUGCACCGUGUGUAGUGAUUACGGUGUAAGAUGCACUGAAGUUGGUUGUAUCAACGUCUUUGAUAGAUGCGACAACAAAUACGACUGUAAGGACAAAUCUGAUGAAGAAGGAUGCCAGGAAUGUCCUCGUAUGAACUUCAGAUGUAGAGACAACGCUUGCGUUGUCGUCUUCAACAGGUGUAAUGGCAGGUGGGACUGUAUGGACGGUUCAGAUGAAGAAAAUUGUAAUUUCUGUGUGGAUGGUAGUUUCAAAUGCAGAAAUGGUGGAUGCAUUCAGGCUUCUGACAGAUGUAACGGCGUGGAAAACUGUGACCAUGGAGAAGAUGAAUUUCCUUGUGAACGUUGUCAAGGUAACAGUUUCCGGUGCCAAAAUGGAAGAUGUAUCCACAUAUCUCUUCGGUGUAACGGCGAGUUGGAUUGUGCAGACGACUCAGAUGAGCACUACUGUGCAUCUGGAAUCCCUUUGAAAUCGCCUGUUCGAUGGAAUUACUACGAGUACAAUUCUAAAUGUGUACGUAUGAAAAAAAUUUGCGGAGCACACUAUCGAUUACCCUGCUGCCCAGGUUAUUAUUGCUACAUAUCCAGAGCCACUAAAACAGACGGUAAAUGUAAGAUUCUAAGGAAACAUUGGAACUGAGGUGAGAUA